AUGCUGCAGGCGGGCGCACCUGCGGAGCCUGGGCUGGCGCGGGACUGGUCGCUGCCGUGCGGCGAUCGUGGUGAUCGGCGGCGCGGAUCGCAGUGCGGCGAGGCGUGCGGCGCAGGAGGCUGCGGAGAGGUUGGUCCAGCGCAUCACCGCCGAGCUGCACAUGGUGAAGUGGCGCCAUUGGAGAAGGCGCUCGACACGUUCGUCGUGAGCAGCAGGGCCGCGCAGCGAGUCCGUGCGCUGGAGGGGCGGGCACCCAGGUGGCUGGACGUCCUGCGUCGGAAGGUGGCGCUCCACGCCAACGCCAAGGGUGUCGACAUCUCGGCGGCUGACGUCUCCGCGCUGCGCCGCGUUCAGCGUGGGUCGCGGCUGGAGGUGGAGUCGUCGACUGCCUUCGCGGAGGUCUCUGAGUUGGCGGCGGGCACGCCACGGGAAUGGACCGAUGGCAGGAACGACCUGGACGUCGACAUGGCCAUGUACGUGGAGGAUAUCCGUGGAGAGGUUUCGGAGGUCGGCGGUGAGCGCCAGGCCGAGGGCGUCGCAGCUGGAGGCCUCGGUGGCUCGCACAUGCAGGCGUCUACCGUCGAGAUGACAGUCGAUGGGCAGUCGCCCGAGCAGGAUAUUCAGGCGCAGUGA